CGCCCACCGUCUGCUUCGCCUUAAAGCGCCUGCGCGUCAGUUUCUGCCGGCAAGCGUGUGCCCGCCCGCCAGCCAUUGAGUAUUUUAAGAAGGCGAGAUGUCAGCUUCGCGCUUUGCGCAAAUUCCCGCGGUGGACGUUGAUCCGGCCGGCGUCUUUAAGUAUGUCCUGAUCCGCGUGCACAGCACCGAGGACGACGACAACAGCACCGACAUCGUCAGAGGUUUUGCCUGGGCCGAGUAUCACGCGGAUAUCUACGAUAAAGUGGCUGAAGAAAUUGAGAAGCUGGGAGGCUUUGACUGCGAAUGUCUCGGAGGCGGCCGGAUUCAGCACGACAGCCAGAAGAAGAAGAUUCAUGUCUACGGAUAUUCUGUGGGUUUUGGUCGGGCAAACCAUGCUGUUGCCACAGAGAAGCUGAAAGCCAGAUACCCGGAUUAUGAGGUCACCUGGGCUGACGAAGGGUAUUAAGAACUGGCGCCGCACCCUCAUGGAGUGGCCUGGAGACGAGGUGACGUUCUGCGGCCAUCACCGUCCUGCCCUUCGCUUUACGAUUGACUUUCUUUCUUGUCAUCAGGGUUUGUGGUCAGUGGCUCAUUUCCUCACAUUGGACUUGUUCUCUCAAGACCAGUUUGGCUUUCUUUUUUCUUUUUCUUUCCUGCCUUUCCAGUUUUCCAUUACAGAACUGAACUGGGGGCGUCCCCGGGGUUUCUUAGACACCCUGCUUGUUAUUUAGCUCAAUGGGAGUCCCCUUUGGACUGGAAUGGCAGUCGUUGACAAGGAGAUCUGCAAACUCAAGUGAGCUCCACACGUAGAACAAACAACUGAAGGACAUACUCGGAGUCGUCCUUAGCAGAUUGGACACCCAGAAGAGCUCCAGUGAACUGGGGGGGUGGGGGUCAUGAUGGCGAGAUGAUGCCUUCUCCUGAUUGGCCAUCAAUAAAAUGUAAAUCCUGCUAAUGACA